GUUUCUCAAGUGUUCAGCGGCGCGAUUACGAUGAACGCAUCCAUUUGUUUAAUGGGAGGGGUUGUGUAACCGUAUGAAAAGGCAGAACACUUUCUUUCUAUAUAAAUAUUUUUAGUAGUUCAGAGUUUCGCUUUGACUCUUUUCUACCCAGUGCCCUGUAAAGAUUCCCCGGACAGAGAGAUCGGUGAAAUGGCGACCAAGAAGGCUGUUUUGUUUAAUCUGUGGGGUGUCGUGGUUUCUCCCAGACCCGCAGAAACUUUCCUCAAAUUCGAAGAGACCCACAAACUCCCCAGUGGUUUUCUGGAGAAGCUGGUGACAAACGAGGACAGCGCCAUGCAACGUGCAGAGAGGGGCAAACUCUCCCUCUCUCAGAUGAUCCCAGAGCUUGAUGCAGAGUGUGUGAGUGCAGCAUCAGAUCAGAAGUUCAGUCUUCCUGCUGGGUUCUCUGUUAAGAGCCUGUUGGAGGAACUCAGAGACUCAACCACCGUCAACAAACACAUUCUGCAGACCGUAGCUACGCUCCGCAGACAAGGGUUAUUGACAGGUGUGUUGGCCAACCAGUGGGUGGAUGACAGUGGGUGUGGAGAUAGCUCUGGCCGUCUCCUCUCUCUGCUGGGCGGCCAUUUUGAUGUGGUGCUACAGUCCUGUCGUACCGGCCUCAGGGUCCCAGAGGCCGACCUGUUCAUCUCCGCUCUCAAACAGCUGGGAGUGCCUCCGAAACAGGCUCUGUGGUUGGCUGAUGAUGAGAAGGGGGUGGGAGCAGCAGAGGCAUUAGGGAUGACAGCUGUUUUGGUGAAGGACCUGCCUGAAGCUCUGAAACAAGUAGAGACCUUCACUGGAGUGCAGGCUGUAACAGGGGAAAGCUACCCAGCCUCUUGCAACCCAGAAGAAGUUUCUCAUGGAUAUGUCACCAUCAAGCCCGAUGUAAAGCUGCACUAUGUGGAGAUGGGGGCGGGGCCUCCGGUCAUGCUGUGUCAUGGCUUCCCUGAGAGCUGGUACUCCUGGAGAUACCAGAUCCCAGCUCUAGCAGAUGCAGGGUUUAGAGUGGUUUCUCUGGACAUGAAGGGCUAUGGACAGUCUACAGCACCACCAGAUAUAGAGGAGUACUCACAGGAACAGAUCUGCCAGGAUCUUGUGACUUUCAUGGAUAAAAUGGGUAUUCCCCAGGUGACUCUGGUUGGUCAUGAUUGGGGUGGAUCUGUGGUCUGGAACAUGGCCCAGUGUCAUCCAGAGAGAGUCAGAGCGGUAGCUUCUCUGAACACCCCUCUGUUCCCUGUGGACCCCUCCAAGGAUCCUAUGAACUUCCUGAAGACUGUACCCAUCUUUAACUACCAACUCUACUUCCAGGACCCCGGUGUAGCUGAGACUGAGAUGGAGAAAGAUCUGGCAAGGACCUUCAAGAUCUUCUUCCGUGGCAGUGGAGAUGAGGAUAAUGUUCCUACUAUCAACACUUCGGGAGUUUGUGCCAGAGGUGGUCUGUUCGUAGGACUACCAGACGAGAUACCCAGGAGUUCUAUCCUCAGUGAGACUGCUCUGCAAUUCUACAUCACUCAGUUCAAAGACAUGGGAUUCAGAGGGCCGCUGAACUGGUACCGUAAUGUUGUGAGCAACUGGAAAUGGCUAUGCUCCCGACCCAGAGCUAAGCUCUUGAUGCCAGCUCUCAUGGUGACCGCGGGUAAAGAUCCUGUUCUGCUGCCUGUCUUCUCCAGGGGAAUGGAAAACAUGAUCCCGAACCUCACCAGAGGACACAUUGAGGAGUGUGGACACUGGACCCAGAUGGAAAGGCCAUCUGAGCUGAACACCAUUCUGAUCUCAUGGCUGAAGGACACUCACAGCAACAUGGGGGUUGCCGUGACACCCAAGCUGUGAUCAGUUACCAUGACUGGCCACUCCUCUGAGCCUGGUUCCUCUCUAGGUUUCUUCCUUGGUUCUUGCAGGUUGACGUUUAUUGGGAUGAGUCUAGUCCUGGAGGCAGAACUGAGCCAUUUGCACGAGAUGGGCCAGCUGCAAAGUCAAAAUUGGCUAUAUAAAAAUAUAUAUAUACUGAACAAAAAUAUAAACGUGACAUCUAACCAUUUCAAAGAGUUAUAGUUCAAAUAAGGAAAUCAGUCAAUUUAAAUACAUUUAUUAGGCCCUAAUGUAUGGAUUUCACAUGACUGGGCGGGGUCGUAGGCCCACCCACUUGGCAGCCAGUCCCACCCACUGGGGAGCCAGGCCCAGCCAAUCAGAAUGAGUUUUUCCCCCACAAAAGGGCUUUAUUACAGACAGAAAUACUCCUCAUUUUCAUCAGCUGUCCAGGGGUGGCUUGUCUCGGACGAUCCCACAGAUGAAGAAGCCGGAUGUGGAGGUCCUGGGCUGGCGUGGUUACACGUGGUCUGCGGUCGUGAGGCCUGCUGUCCUGACAAAUUCUCUACAACGAUGUUGGAGGCGGCUUAUGGUAGAGAAAUGAACAUUCAAUUAUCUGGCUACAGCUCUGGUGGACAUUCCUAUAGUUUGCAUGUUAAUCACUCAACAUUUGAGACAUCUGUGGCAUAGUUUUGUGACAAAACUGCACAUUUUAGAGUGGCUUUUUAUUGUCCCCAGCACAAGGUGCACCUGUGUAAUGAUCGUACUGUUUAAUCCGCUUUUUGAUAUGCCACACCUGUCAGGUGGAUGGAUUAUCUUGGCAAAGGAGAAUUGCUGACUAAUAGGGAUGAAAACAAAUUUGUGGACAAAAUUUAAGAGAAAUGUGCUUUUUUUUGCGUGUAGGGAACAUUUCUGAGAUCUUUUAUUUAAGCUCAUGAAACAUGGGACCAACACUUCAUUCAACAUUUUUGUUCAGUAUAUAAUUGAACGUUGGGCAUAAGGUUAACAGUGUGCUUAAGGUUAGGUUCUAUAACAUUGUGACUGUGCCAGCUAGUGACCACCCUGCAGAGCUGCCUCCGGAACACGAGUCAUCCCAAUAAAUGCUAACUUUCCUUCUUGAGAGGUUUUUCAACUAUGCUUCUGCCUCAACAUUGCUUGCUCUCUGUUAGCCUGGGCAUCUGCAAAGCACUUGGUGACAACUGCUGAUGUAAAAAGGGCUUUAUAAAUUACAUUUGAUUGAUUGAUUGACAAUUUAUUCCCCUUUAAAGUGUACUACUUUUGAAAAUUCACUUUCUAGUGCACUAGGGAAUAGGCUGAGCAUUCAUGAUGAUUGAUUAUUGAUACAGACAACGCUUGACUCUUCUGAAGAGAUACACCCACAGUGGGCAAAAAGGCUGAAAACCACAACACUUUUAGCACGAGGUCUCAAAACUUCCCCUUUAAAUGAGACAUUUCAUGAGAAAGUGCCAAUUUAAUAUAGGCAGAUAAAAACAGUGUAUCCCUCGAGAACACAGAACUAAAGUAUUGCGUAAUUGGUCAGCUGCUCAGUUAAGUUCUGGGUCCAUACAUGUUAGGAGAAGAUAUGAAGAGAUGCUAGAACCGGAUCUAGGAGCUCCACCCUCUCUCUUUUGAAGUUAAGGACAAAUGCCCCCCCCCCCCUUUUUACAAAAUUCAAAAGAUACUAAAACCCUUCGAAAUCGUGAUUUGUCUAAAUAACCAGUGAUGAAAAAACUUAAACACUGGCUCUAUUUCUGGUUGUUAGCUAUCGGGGGCCCUAAGUAUAAAAACAGAUCAAUGGUAGCAUUUAUGUUGACAGAGUCUGUCCACCAGUGAUGAUGCAACAAUCAAUGUAUCCAGUCUAUUUGAUAUGUUGUGGCUACUUUGUGGACUGCCUGUCUUGAGUUUAUUUUAUCCACAAGGGCAGGGAUAUAAUUAACCAAUAAGGACCGAGGAGGUGUGGGAUACGGCCAAUAUACCACGGCUACGGGUUGUUAUUGGGCACGAUGCAACACGGAGUGCCUGGAUACAGCCCUUUAGACGUGGUAUAUUGGCCAUAUACCACAAACCCCCAAGGGGCCUUAUUACUAUUAUAAACUGGUUACCAAUGUAAUUAGAGCAGUAAAAAUACAUUUUUUGUCCUAACCUGUGGUAUACGGUCUGAUAUACCACGGCUGUCGGACAAUCAGCAUUCAUGCCUCGAACCACCCAGUUUAUAUUAGUUAUUAUUAGCUUGUCUUCUACCAUAACUUAACUAUUAAUAUGCCUACUAGCUAACAACUAUAAUGUCAUUAUUAUUCAACAAUUAUAAUUUGAGGUGUUCUGUA